AGCAGGAAGCCAGUCAUGGUGUACAUCCACGGCGGCUCCUACAUGGAAGGGACCGGCAACAUGAUCGAUGGCAGCAUUUUGGCAAGCUAUGGCAACGUCAUCGUCAUCACCGUCAACUACCGCCUGGGCAUUCUAGGGUUUUUGAGCACAGGUGACCAGGCGGCCAAAGGCAACUAUGGGCUCCUGGAUCAGAUCCAGGCGUUGCGAUGGAUCGAGGAGAAUGUGGGAGCCUUCGGUGGGGAUCCCAAGAGGGUGACCAUCUUUGGCUCUGGGGCUGGAGCGUCCUGUGUGAGCCUGCUGACCCUGUCACACUACUCAGAAGGGCUGUUCCAGAAGGCCAUAAUCCAGAGCGGCACCGCCCUGUCCAGCUGGGCCGUGAACUACCAGCCUGCCAAGUACACGCGGAUUCUGGCGGACAAAGUGGGCUGUAACAUGCUGGACACCACCGACAUGGUGGAAUGCCUUCGGAUCAAGAACUACAAGGAGCUCAUUCAGCAGGCCAUUACCCCCGCCACAUACCACAUUGCCUUUGGCCCAGUGAUUGACGGGGAUGUCAUCCCGGAUGACCCUCAGAUCCUGAUGGAGCAGGGAGAGUUCCUCAACUAUGACAUCAUGCUUGGCGUCAACCAAGGCGAAGGCUUAAAAUUCGUUGAUGGCAUCGUUGACAACGAGGAUGGCGUGACACCCAACGACUUUGACUUCUCGGUGUCCAACUUCGUGGACAACCUAUACGGCUACCCAGAAGGAAAGGACACCUUGCGGGAGACCAUCAAGUUCAUGUAUACUGACUGGGCAGACAAGGAAAACCCCGAAACACGGCGCAAGACCCUGGUGGCUCUCUUCACUGACCACCAGUGGGUGGCUCCUGCUGUGGCCACCGCUGACCUCCACGCCCAGUACGGCUCCCCUACCUAUUUCUACGCCUUCUACCACCACUGCCAGAGUGAGAUGAAGCCGAGCUGGGCAGAUUCAGCCCACGGGGACGAGGUCCCGUAUGUCUUUGGCAUCCCCAUGAUUGGUCCUACCGAGCUCUUCAGCUGUAACUUCUCCAAGAAUGAUGUGAUGCUGAGCGCCGUGGUCAUGACCUACUGGACGAAUUUUGCGAAAACUGGCGAUCCUAACCAGCCGGUGCCUCAGGACACCAAGUUCAUUCACACGAAACCCAACCGCUUUGAGGAGGUGGCCUGGUCCAAGUACAAUCCCAAGGACCAGUUGUACCUGCACAUUGGGCUGAAACCCAGAGUGAGGGACCAUUACCGGGCAACCAAAGUGGCUUUCUGGCUGGAACUUGUUCCCCACCUGCACAACUUGAACGAGAUAUUCCAGUACGUCUCAACGACCACGAAGGUUCCCCCACCGGACAUGACGUCCUUUCCCUACGGUACCAGGCGGUCACCUGCCAAGAUCUGGCCAACCACCAAACGCCCGGCCAUCACUCCUGCCAACAACCCCAAACACUCAAAGGACCCUCACAAGACAGGGCCCGAGGACACCACUGUCCUCAUCGAGACGAAGCGGGAUUAUUCCACGGAGCUGAGCGUCACCAUCGCCGUGGGGGCAUCCCUCCUCUUCCUCAACAUCUUGGCUUUUGCAGCCCUGUACUACAAGAAGGACAAGAGACGCCAUGAGACCCACCGGCGCCCCAGUCCCCAAAGGAAUACCACGAACGACAUCGGCCACAUCCAGAACGAGGAGAUCAUGUCUCUGCAGAUGAAGCAGCUGGAACACGAUCACGAGUGCGAGCCGCUGCAGGCCCACGACACGCUGAGGCUCACCUGCCCGCCAGACUACACGCUCACCCUGCGCAGGUCCCCCGACGACAUCCCACUCAUGACCCCGAACACCAUCACCAUGAUCCCAAACACCCUGACCGGGCUGCAGCCCCUGCACACCUUCAACACGUUCAGCGGGGGGCAGAACAGCACAAACCUCCCCCACGGACACUCGACCACCAGGGUAUAGCUUUGCUGUCCCCUUCCUAACC